CUACAGAUGCACAAACAUUGAUUAAGUGUGUGGUUUGAAACAUACAGACUUUAUACUGCUUAUUAGUUUAUUUGUUUUAAUGUUAGGCAUGUUGUUUAAGUAUUACUGAUAAUUUAACCAUGGAUUCUUCUGAUGUUGUUGAAGAUCAGCUUCUUUUUAAUGAAUCAGCAAAUGUGCCUGACAUAAAUGCAGUGACUAUUUCAUAUCUAUUGUGUAUUUUUGGUGGCUCUUUGUCAGUUCUCAUAUUGUUUGGAAACCUUCUUGUUAUAAUCUCCAUUGUUUACUUCAAACAGCUCCACACUCCUACAAACUUCCUGAUGCUCUCUCUGGCUGUGGCUGACCUGCUAGUUGGAAUUUUAGUUGUGCCUUUCAGUGUCGUGCUCUUUGUGAAAUAUUGGUAUGUUGAAGAUUUACUUUGUAAGGUACGAGGCAGUUUAGAUGUGUUACUGUGCAAUUCUUCCAUUUGGAACUUGUGCUUCAUUUCUGUUGACAGAUAUUACGCAGUGUGUCAGCCUCUGAGAUACAGAAUUAAAAUAAAUGUCCGUGUUGUUGGGAUCAUGAUUCUGAUGUCCUGGACUAUUGCCACUCUAAAUGGAAUUAUUUACACGUUAAAGACCCCAGACAAAGGACAAAAAAACGAUAGAUGUUUUAUAUUUCAACAGAAAACACAGAGUUCAAUAGUUGUGGUAGUUUUUAUUGGAUUUGGCUUCCCAGCUAUUUUGAUGUCUUCAAUCUACCUAAAGAUUUUGAUGGUGGCACAGAAACAGGCACGCAGCAUCCAGAGCAUGGCAAAAUCUACUGCAGCUGUCAGUAAAGUGGAGAGAAAGGCGACUAAAACUCUGGCUAUUGUGAUGGGAAUUUUUCUCAUGAGUUGGAUGCCUUUCUUUCUCUGUCUCAGCUUUCAUCCUUUGAGCAAUUAUACAAUACCAUAUCAUGUACUUCAGUCAUUUAAGUGGCUUGGAUGGUCAAACUCAAUGUUCAAUCCAUUUAUUUAUGCUUUCUUUUACAGCUGGUUUCGAUCAGCUUUUAAGAUGAUCAUUACAGGGAAAAUAUUUAAAGAUGAUGUUUCUAAUUCUAAACUCUCUUGAUUCAUUAUAUGAUUCACUGACUGAUUUUAGUGAUCAGGUCUGGCACUAAGGAUGAAUAUAUUAUGUCUCAUAUCUCUGUAUUCAUCUCAUAUGUUGAUACAAAUUGCAUCUGUACUAUGUAGUUACUGUCUGUUUUUGCAACACAAUGUAUAGAAAGCCUCUUGACAAGUGUCUAAUAUGUGAGGUGUUGUCUCUGUCAUUAACUAUGUGAUGGGUCAGUCCCUUUAUAAACCUAAUAUUUCUUUCUUUUAAUGUGUUUGCUGUUAUUGUCAUUCUUUUUGUCACUGUCAAUGUUAUUAGUUGUCCAUGACUUGUUCUUGUUAAGUCUUUUAUUGUAACACAAAGACAAACCUUUAGACGAAGUGAUGAAUAUAUACGUGAACUCUGGAUUAGUUUUAGGUUAUAACGUAUUCAAGAAAUAAUCAUGAUAUUAUGGUGAUAACAUUUAGAGUAAGACUUUCAUUGUCAGGUUAUAUACAGGACAUUAUCUCCUCAAAGUACCUUAGCGCACAUGCUUGCCCUCAUGAGCUGUUUCAAAUGCAGAUUGUUAUUUUAUGCAUUGCCAGACAUAUGAGUCUUCAGUCAUAACAAACCCAUCUGUCAUGCUGGUGUUAUUAUCUUAUCAAAGCCACCUGUAAACAACUAUUUGUAUUCACUAAAAUGAUCAAUGAGCAGAAGAAAAACAUAUUAAACAUUAUGUAUAAGAUAUUUAAAAUAUUUUAAGUAAAUUGCAGUGGCUCUGUAAUUCUGGAUUUAAACAGACUCAUCCUUUGAGUGUUUUUGGACAGUUCACUUAAUUGAGAGUUCACUCUGCUCUUAAACAUAUGCCUACUUCUUUGAUAAUUGGCAAAUGUUUGCAUCAUUAUAGUGAUUUAAUUCAAGCUUUUGCUAACAUUUUGAUUUAUUUCUUGAUUUUACUGAUGAGACGAAAAGCAAAAGCCCACACAUGUGAUGGCUUAAAUUAAAUUUUGUGUCAUGAAAUGGUCACUUAAAUGUCCAUAUUGUUUUGAUGAUGUGGGUCAAUAAAACCAGAAGAUAUGGCCUGUAAACUUUGCAGGAAU